AUGCCUGAAGUUGGGACUCUCUGCCCUGACCCAGACCUGGUCACCGCGCCCCAACAUCCCUGUGGGGUUCCCCAAAGUCCCACCAUCUCCCUGAAAGCCCCACCCCAAGUCACGUCCAGCCUGAGCUUUGGUGUCACCUUCAGCAGCUACGCCAUGGAAUGGGUGCGACAGGCGCCCGGGAAGGGGCUCGAGUUCGUCGCGCACAUGAAUAGUGCUGGUAGUUGGACAAGCUACGCGUCGCCGGUCAAGGGGCGCUUCACCAUCUCCAGGGACAACUCCCAGAGCACUGUGAAGCUGCAGAUGAACAGCCUCAAGACCGAGGACACGGCCACCUACUACUGCGCCAAAAGGCUGCGGGCGGCCGUGCAGCUGGUGGAGUCCGGAGGGGGUCUCCAGAAACCCGGGGGGUCCCUCACCCUCCUCUGCAAGGCCUCCGGCUUCACCUUCAGCAGCAACGGCAUGGUUUGGGUGCGACAGGCGCCCGGGAAGGGGAUCGAAGACGUUGCGGAAAUUAAUACCAGUGGUGGUGGCACAUGGUACGCGCCGUCGGUCAAGGGGCGCUUCACCAUCUCCAGGGACAACUCCCAGAGCACUCUGAAGCUGCAGAUGAACAACCUCAAGACCGAGGACACGGCCACCUACUACUGCGCCAAAGACGCUGACGGUUAUGGCGACACCACCAACCCCCUCACCGCGUCCCACCAUCCCCGCGCUGCGUCCCCACAUCGACCGUUUUCGGUCCACAUCUCCACCGCUUGCACCAAACCUCCGCCUUUUUUUGCCCCGAAUCGCAACUCUUUGCAUCAAACGCCGACCGCUUUUGCCCCAAACCGCCACUCUUCACCCCAACUCUCGACCAUUUGGCCCAAACAUUGA